UAGCCGGAAUGCGUGGGCACGUUAGUGCGCAGCCGCAGUGCGGGGGGCGAGGGAGCGGGGUAUUUCAAAGCGAGUGGCGGUUUGGGGGUGAAGCCCAAAGAUACUGGAGGAGUUCCUUCAGUAUUUUUGGUGAAGCCGCUGCAUGGUGAAGAUCAAAGUCUUCUCCCAGCUUCCGCCAUGAAGCAAAAUAAACGGAGCGGCCCUGCGAAAGUCGAGGCCUCGAGUCCGCCGCCGGCCCUCAGCCUGGCCGAGUGCACCUGUCCGGUCUGCCAAGAGGUGCUGACCGAGCCGGUGACGCCGCCGUGCGGUCACUCGCUGUGUCGGGGCUGCUUUCAGCAGACGGUGGCAAUCAGCAACAUGAACUGCCCGCUCUGCCGCCGCCGCCUUUCCAACUGGGUGCGCACGCAGGUCCGGCGCGGCGGCCUAGUCAACACUGAGCUGGAGCAGCGCAUCCGCCAGCAGUUCCUUCGGAACGGGGUAGUGGGGCCGAUCGAAGUUGGCAGAUUGUGUCCAUCACCUCAACUAUGUAAACCUGGUGAGUUGCGACAAGAAUAUGAAGAGCAGAUCAGUAAGUUGCAGGCAGAGCGUCGUGCUAUUGAAGAAGAGGAACACAGAGCAAGUGAAGAUUUAAUUCAGAAGCUUUUGGCAGAGGAACGGGAACAGCAAAUGCAUGCAGAACAGAAGAGGAAAGAAAUGGAUGAACAACUAAAAAGAGAUGAAAAGCUAGCAAAGAUAUUGAGUGAGGAGGUGAAUUCAAUACACAGGCCGACUCCAGAAAAACUGGGUGGGUGCACAAAAUCAAUUUCCUCAAAAUUCAACUCGUCCAUCUCCAAAAGAACUAAAUUGAUAGCACCAAGCCCGAAUAAUAUGGAAGAUAUACAAAGGUAUUUAUCCCCAACUUUGCCAAAGCAUCCAACAGCUGCAAUUAAUAGACUGAGAAACAAUGUCUCUGGUCCAGAGAUCACAUCUGAGGCAGUUGAACUAAUUUCAAGCGGUAGCUCUACUACAAGUAUUCAUCUAUUCAAUUGUGAUAAAGAAGAGACGGUCUCCAGUUCGGACCAUUCAGAAUUGGUACAGUUUAUUGAAGGAACUCCUGAUGAAGCCAUCGCAGAUUGUCAAAUGGAGUAUACCAGUCAGUGCAGUUCAGAGCACAAUGAAAGUGAGAUGCUAGAAGCUUGCAGCAGUGCACAGAAUGUUGGCAAGUCCAAGAAAAAUGUAACACUUAUAGAAUUGAAGAUGAAUUCAAUUAAUUGUAAUGACAAUCUGGUGGAUUUUGCAGUUGUGCCAAUUUUAAAUAAUGAACUUGAGACAGCAUGUUCUAGUGCAGGUUGUAGUUCAACUAAUGUGGACCAUGCAACAGUCCAAAAUUUGAUACAAGAUGAAACUGCAGAGCAUGAAAUUUUGAGCCAAAGCCCCUUUAAAAUGACAACAGUUGUGAAAAGAAAAGCAGGUAAUUCCUCAGAAGUUUCUACAUCCACUGGUGUCUCGAUUAAAAAGAGAAAAAUUUGUCCCGAAAACCAUGAUGAGCCCAGUGAGAAUCCUCAAUUUUGCUACAAUAUGUUUAAUCAUGAGCAUCUUGCAGGCUGGGAGACUCAACUUUUAGAUAAGUGCAAAAUGGAAGAGAAGGAUCGAUUGUUGGCCAUAAAAAUACAGAAAGAACUUGAUAAAGAGAUGCAGACUGUGCAUAGGACAAGGGGGACACCUGAUGAAUAUUCGCUUCGGACCAAGAAAUUGCCAACAAAUUGUGAACAAAAGAUGCUUGCAAAAAAUAUAACUCCACUGGCAACCCCAGAGAGCCAUCGAACCUCUAAAACCCCAUCAAGAUCACAGUCCAGCACCAGUAAUAAGCAAGCCAUGCUCAAGAAUAACUCGUCUAAGACAUGCAAACGGAGAAGUAGAAUCUUUCAGGUUCCAACAAGGUUCUUUAACACUCAAAAGGCCCAAUGUCAGAGACCGCUAGCUUCCAUGGAUGCUAAUUCUCCUGCAUUGACUACUGUCGGUGAACUAAGAAACAGUAGAAAACAACAGACUAUUAUUGAUAUGUUCCAGAAAUGUAACUCUAAAUAGGCUUGUGCAAAGAAUUUGACUAUUUUGCCACGUCCAGAUUAGAAUUUAAGAGUUUAUUCUUUGCUUCGCAGAUUGUCUGAAUUCAUUUUCCUGCCAGUCUAGAACUGCAGAAUUCAUUUUCCUGACAGUCUGCACUUCAAACGCCCUGUUUAAAUUUAUUAGGGGUGGUUUUUUACCAAUUUUGCUUACUUUCUGUGGUUUCUCAACACUGAAGUAAUUGUCCAGUUCCUUAACAGCUGCAUUUUCAUGCAUUAGCAAAAAAAAAAGCCAUAAUAGUUCUGUUUAACUGUCAAAGAUUCAGUGCAGUUUAAGUUGUUUAGUUCUUAUAAUAAAUAAAGCAUAAUGAGAAUCAA